CAAGAUGGUUGAGAAAAAGCUUUGGAUUCAACUGAAGCGUUUGGAUCUGAAAGACAUUGAGCCAGUUGCAUCGUCCGCAGAAUGUCUGGAUAUCGGGAAGGAGCAGAGUGCUGAUGCCAUCAGACACAUUCUCAAGUCACACUUCAACAUUUACAAUGAAGAUCUCAUACUCAGGUUACGGAAUCACAACGGGUCUCUUGUUCCAGUUAACAGGAAACUUGUCACCAACAGCAGAGAUGAACCGUACGUAUUGGAGAUUGUACGAGUUUAUCAGCACUCACAUCCCCUUGAAUGGAGUCCAUACAGAGCGCCGUAUGAUGAGGCCAUCAAGAAGCAAAUAAAGGAAAUCACCACCAGGAUUGAGAAACUGGAAGAAUCUGUACCGGAGCUGCAUCACCGGAGGUUUGCUAAAAUUAAUGCGGAAAUGGUUGAUUUGGACCAGAAGCUGGGCUUCAUCAACAAGAGAAUAAAUGAGGCAGACAGCACACAUUGGCGGGGGAUGUUCAAGAGGAACCCCCUUUGGUGAUACUGUCACACUCACUGGCAGAGGAUGUUGAAGAGAAACCUCCCCUCUGGUGAUACUGUCACACUCACUGGCGAGGGAUGUUGAAGAGAAACCUCCCCUCUGGUGAUACUGUCACACUCACUGGCGAGGGAUGUUGAAGAGAACCCCCUCUGGUGAUACUGUCACAUUUACUGGGGGGGGGGGGGGGGUUCCAAGAGAACCCCCUCUGGUGAUAUUGGUGCAUUCCUGGCUGGUCCAGGCUUGAUGUUGACAGCUGAGAUCAUCAUUUGAAGACUUCUGCCUUGACACAGAAAACUGCAUCUGUGUUGUGAAAGAUGACCAGAUCCCUGGGUUUAUUUCUCCUGUGAAGAUGGUUACAUUAAAUGCACUGACCAUAGAUAUUUGUCAGUGUGAAAUAUUUUUGGCUCUUACACUUUUGUGACUGUUAAAAUUGCACAUUAUUUGCCAUUUGUUGUUUAGAUGAUCAAUUUUAGCAAAUCCAGUCUGUCUUUCUGGUCAUCCUGGUGAAUUGUAGUCGCAAGUCAAAUACAGAUUAUGUUAAACAGAAAAAGUUUGUAUUUACGAAACUAGGAUCAGUGCAUUUAAGACAAGUUUGAUUAUGUAUUGUUUGUCAUUUCUCAGUGUUGUGAGAACCCAUAUUGUCAAAUUAAUUGUACGGCAACCAUGCCAGCAGGUGAUUGAGGAGACAAGAUUUUUUAAACUGUUGAAGUCUUUUGUUGGGUGGCUGAUAUUUAUGUUACAGUCGAUGUCUAAAAUCAGGCAAUUUGUUAAUUUACCGAUUUACUCGGACAGUUUAUAAAUUGUCUAAAUAUUUUAGUCAUUUUACAAAUUUACUAGAAAAUCAGAGUACAUGUAUUUAUUUGACAGAUUCACUAAAAAAGAAUCUGGGGAAGGAAACUAAAAAUGUAUAUUUUAUGUUAACUUUACACAGGGUAAUUUAUUAUAAGAACAAGAAUUCAAAACAAUAAAAAAUGACCUCCUGUAAACUGAUUUAGCAUAACAUUGACUGUAACACACACACAAUACUUGUAAUUGGUUCAUGACUUGGGAUAAUUGGCUUUAUCCUGUGAAUGAUGAACCAUUCAUUUGUGGGUAGCAUAAAGUUAGUAUCCUAUUACUUGGGAUAACUGGCUUAAUCCUAUAAAUGAUGAAUUCAUUAUUCGUGGGUAGCAUAAACUUUUAAGCCCAUAUUCUAUAUCAUUAACCAGAUAUUUUUAUCCAGCAAUUCGGCAACAUAAGAAUAGAAAUGAUAUUUGUUAAGUUUUGAUAUGCAAAUUUUGUUGCAUCUAAGCUUGCUAGUCGUUUGAAGUGUACUGUCCUAUAAGAUGAUAUAACGUGAUAUUUGGUGUGAGGUUAUAGGUUAUCUCAGAGGUUUAAUUAUUGUCUGUUAUUUCUUUCACGUUCAUCAGGGUAUGAAAAAAAAAAAUCAUCCACACAUUGUGUGAAUCGGUGAAGCUGUUCUUACAUAAGAUUGUGGAUGAUUUUUUUUUCAUACCCAGAUGAACAUAAAAGAAAUAACGGACAAUACUUAUAAUUAAAUUUGAAUCAUACUUGCUAAUAAGAACAACACUAAAAGUUCAUACUUUAUUUUGAAUUAUUUUUGGUCCAUAAACAAUAACGCUCAAUAAGAUAACUUGCCCAUAUAAAAUGACGUUCCCUGAUGAUGUAAUUUGUUCACUCAUCGAGAAUUGAACAAACUCCCGUUGCAAUGUCUGGACCAGUGAGAUGACGUUAUAUUGUAAUGAAUGUAACAGAAAUUUAAUUAUUUUAAGGUAAACAAUUUUAUUAAAUAAAUAUGUUUUGUUGUAUCAAUUGACACAAAAAUGUUUUUCUGUUUACUAACAAUAAUAAUACGCAAUAUAUUUCUUGUUUGAUCAUUAUUUAUGUGUUUAGUGGCCAAGAAAAGCAUUAUUGGCUUUUAACCUGUCAGCAUCUGUUUCAUUCAGCAAUAUAUUUAAAAGAGGUAUUAAGUUAUGAAAGAGUUACAUAUUAUAUUGUGAUGUAUACUUUUUUUUGACAAACUGUGACUUUUCUCUGGCAUGGCUAUGGGCAUCUGUCUCUUACAGGAAUUAGACAAAAACAUUUAUUUUUGUCUGCAAAAUAUUUUAUUAACAAUCAUCUUUUCCAAAACUAUAGUAUAAUGGUUUUGUUUUACCUUGUGGUACUUUUUGAGAGCUAAAUCCAUACGGAUAAACGUAUACCGGUACCUGCAUGUCACUUGUCAUAGCGUGAAGUAUACAAGUGACAUUUUAUAUUAUUUCUCUUACAACUCUCGGCAGUUUGGUUUGUGGGUGUGUCCAUGAUGAAUAAUGCAAUGUAUGUGCUGUGUCGGUGUAUAACUGUGUUUGUGCUGGGGGGGUCAUUAAACAUUCAAUCAUUGUGUGUAGUUGGAUCUUGUAUCAUUUUGUACUUAACUACUGGUUUACUUUAUUGCAUACCCAUUUAAUAUUACUAUAGUAAUAAAGACAAUUCUGACGUGCAAUAAUAAUACAAAUUAUUCAAUAUGUGUGAUACAAAAUCUUGCAUGCAUAGUACGUGUUACCCGAAUGACAUCAUGUUCCUAGCCAGUACGCUCAACGUUAUGUCAGUUCUAUAAAAUUCAACCAACUUUCCAGACGAAGUAAGUUGUGUUAUUUAAUUAAACUUCUGUUAAUCAUAAUAGAGAAAGGUGGUAUGCAAUAAAUACAGAACCACAUACCAGAUGUUUUGCUAUGUUAUUUAUUGCACUUGUUUAUUUAUUGGACUUUUUAUAGUGCGCAAUAUUUAUACCACUCGACCACUAUGAGGUCUCUUGGUAUAGUAGCGGUCAAGUGGUAUAAAUUUUGCGCACUAUAAAUGAGUGCAAUAAAUAACAUGGCAAAACAACUUGUAUGUUGUUCUGUAUAUGUAUUGGUACAUUCUGAAAGCCGAUGCACUGACCAGCAGUGCAGGUAUCGGAUCAGUGUAGGUAGAUGUAGACUGAUGGGUUUCACCACAUGCCUCGUUGGGUUAAUGCGACCUUCAGUUAAUACUUGUACCUCGGUGGAUAUAAAUAUAGGACGGGGUGGUAGGAAGGAGUUGCUCCACCUGAAACAGAAAUUAUUUAAAGUUUACAAAUGUUCUUUGGUCUAGCUGGACAAGACCCUAUAUUAUUGUGCCCCGAUUUCUUUUUAAGACCCUCCCCCUUUAUUUGAGGAUGCAUGUAGAUCUGGCCCUGUUCUCACACAGAUGUCAUUGAUACUGAGACUUGAGACUCAGGAGCCCUGCAUCUUUCAGUUUAUUUCCUUCUCAACAUGGUUUUGUUACCAGAUAACAUUUUGUUUUCAAAAAAUAAAUUUGUUUUAAUAAUUUAGAAUCAUGUAGCAUUACAAUCUAAAAUUUGCAUAGCAAAUUGUGAUGCAAUACUGAACAAAAUAUUCUUUGGUUAGGCUAAUUGUCAAACAGUGUACUGUUUAUAGAAAAUCACAGCAGGAUUGGGGGUGGGGUGGGGGGGGGGAGGGAGAGGAAAUGGUAAAGUUUUAGUUUAGAAGCACAUUUUUUUAAAACAAGACUAUUGAAUAACACAUCUCCAAAACAUUCAAGAAGUUGGUUUGGCUUGCCUCAUGCUCACUCAAAUAUGGAAAGUGGCCAGUGUUUGUGCACUCCCCUUUAAUCAUUUUACUGUUGUGUGUGUUGUUGAGAUACUUAUUUUAUAAAUGUUAAAGUUUGUGUUAUUUAACGACACCACUAGAGCACUUUAUUUAUUUAUCUUUGGCAGCGAUUGGUACCAUCCUCGAUGGCGUCAUGGUUAGGCCAUCGGUCUACAGGCUGGUAGGUACUGGGUUCGGAUCCCAGUCGAGGCAUGGGAUUUUUAAUCCAGAUACCGACUCCAAACCCUGAGUGAGUGCUCUGCAAG